AUGGCCAAGGACGACGACAAGAAGCCCACGGCUGCCGACAAGGGCAAGGGCAAGGCGCCAGCUGCCAACGACGCCGACAAGAGCAAGGAUGCAAAGCCCGACGCCGACGAUAAGAAGGGCGGCGUGGCGACGACUGGCGAGGAGCUCAGUGAAGAAGACCAGCAGCUUAAGAGCGAUCUGGACAUGCUCGCAGACCGGAUACUGCAUGCGCUGACCGUGUGCCUCUCCCAGGGAUCCGACACGAGCCUGUACAAGCCCGCGCUCGACCAGAUCAAGGAGUUUAUCAAAACAUCGACGAGCUCCAUGACGGCCGUGCCCAAGCCGCUCAAGUUCCUCCGGCCGCACUACGAGAACCUAGAGAAGGCCUACGCAUCAUGGCCCGCAGGCGAGAACAAGCAAUCUUUUGCCGACAUGAUGUCCGUCUUGGGAAUGACGUAUUCAGACGAAGAGCGCCUCGACUGCCUCAAAUACCGCCUCGAAGCUCCCUCGACAGAUCUCGGCUCAUGGGGCCACGAGUACAUGCGCCAUCUUGCCCUUGAGAUUGGCUCGGAAUACCAGAACCGCCUCAAUGACGACAAGUCGACCGACGAUGUGACGGACCUCGCCUCGACCCUCGUUCCCUUCUUCCUGAAGCACUUGCCCGCCCUCGCUCCCCCCAGCAACCGCCGCCGCCCGCCCCCCGGAAGGCCUUCGGACAACCCGCACCAUGAAGCUGAACGUCAAGAAUAUUCGCUACCUGGCGGCCGACGACUGGCGCGUCCUGACUGCGAAAUGGGCAGUCGAAACCAUGAGAUUGUGCCGACGCCUCUGAUUGCGCAGAUUGCCUCGCUCCGCUCAGGCUCCGGCGUCCACAAGUGCAUAUCCAACCUCGCCAAAAUCGGCCUCAUCGCAAAGGUCCGCAAUGCCAAGUACGACGGCUACCGCCUGACGUACGGUGGGCUCGACUACCUCGCGCUGCACACGCACCAAAAGUCGGCGACCGUGUACUCGGUAGGCAACCAGAUCGGCAUAGGCAAGGAGUCGGAUAUCAUUGUCUGCGCAUCCGAGACGGGCAAGCAGCAGGUGCUCAAGAUCCACCGUCUGGGCCGCAUUUCGUUCCGCACAGUCAAGGCGAACCGUGACUACCUCCGAAACCGCCAAGGUGGAUCGUGGAUGUACAUGUCUCGCCUCGCCGCAUUGAAAGAAUUCGAGUUCAUGAAGGCGUUGCGAGCAGAAGGUUUCCCAGUGCCCGAGCCCAUCGGCCAGAACAGGCACACGGUCGUCAUGAGCCUUAUCGACGCUUUCCCCAUGCGCCAGAUCUCCAAGGUCGGCGAUGCCGCGCCCCUCUAUGCUGAACUCCUUGCCCUCAUUGUCCGUCUUGCGCAAUACGGUCUUAUCCACGGAGACUUUAACGAAUUCAAUAUCCUUGUGGAGGAGCGGACAGAGAAGGACGGCAAAGUGACACUGGUACCGACCAUUAUUGAUUUCCCACAGAUGGUUUCGAUUGACCACGCCAACGCCGAGUACUACUUUGACCGCGACGUAGCCUGCAUAAAGCGCUUCUUCGAGCGCCGUUUUGGCUUCACGAGCGACGAGCCUGGCCCCUUCUUCAAGGAUGCGACAAAGAAGCUCGUUAAAAGACUGGAUAUCGAGGUGCAGGCCUCUGGUUUCAGCAAGAAGAUGGCAAAGGAGUUAGAGGCAUACAUGAAGGAGCAUGGCGUUGACGGAGACGCUGGAGACGCUGAAGCAGCGGCUGACGCAGACGGGCCUGCUGACGACGAUGAGGACGUGGGUGUUGAAAAUGACUACGAAGGCGGUGAAGAUGACGACAACAACGAAGGUGGUCCAGUCGUUGAAGACAUGUCCACUGAGACUGAGCAUACGGAAAACGACGAGCAGCAUUCCGCCCAAACACUCACUUCGCAAAUGACAAUUCUCGACAUCAGGGACAAUGACCCCUUGCCGGAUCUCAACGACAUCAAGCCUCCUCCGCCAUCAGGCCCCACAAUCACAACAAAGGCAGCCAAAAAGAAAGCCGGAUGGGCCUUGUAG